UAAUUAUCAUUGAUGAGGUCACAAAAAGUAUGUUAUCGUUUUAGUUGUCUCGUGACAGCUAUACGUUAAACGACAAUUUAGACAAAUUGACAUAAAGAGAUAUGGGUCAUUCUUGUCAGAUUGGAUAAAAAGUGUUUGAUAAAUAAUAAAUUACGCUGUUUCGGAAAUAAAAUGCGUGUCCGAGAACAUAUGAACUUAGCGUGCAGCAAAAGUUUCCCGUAUAGUUUGUAAAUUCAUAAGAUGAAAAACUUUAUAAAUGUAGUCUUUGUGAAUAUUUUGCAGACCCGUUAGAUUUUCUGUCUAAGCUUGACAUUGGAGUACCGUAUUCUUUUCAACCUCCGGUAGACUUUGGUUGACCAAGAUAUUUAAUGUCUAACAAAAGGCAUUUCCUUCAUGAGACUGAUUUAACUGAAUCACAAUACAGAUGCCAGCAUGGAUCCGUUGUUUGGUCCUCAAAAAGAGAACCAGAAUAUUUGCUUUGGGUUUGUUGGUGUGUUUCCUGUUUAUGAUCUCCCUCAUGGUUAGACUACAGAGAGUUACUGAUCAGCCACUCAAGCAUGAAGGAAAUGUUAUAACAGAAAAACCAAGUUCAGCAACUGCGUCCCAUGGCCAUAAGAUAGCUAUCUUGGUUCCUUUCAGAGACAGAUUUGAAGAAUUGUUGGAGUUUGUGCCAUACAUGCAUAAUUUUUUGAACAAACAAGGAACAGCACAUCAGAUCUAUGUGAUUAAUCAAGUGGAUAAUUACAGGUUUAACAGAGCUUCCCUGAUCAAUAUUGGGUUCCUGGAAAGUCAGAAGGACUGUGAUUACAUUGCCAUGCAUGAUGUGGAUCUGAUACCAGUGAAUCCAGCCAUCACCUAUCCUUACCCUCAGACAGGAGUGUAUCAUGUAGCCUCCCCAGAACUUCACCCCCUAUACCACUAUUCCAAGUUUGUGGGUGGGAUUCUGCUUUUGACAAGGGAUGCCUUUGUCAGUACUAAUGGAAUGUCUAAUCGAUAUUGGGGCUGGGGACGAGAAGAUGAUGAAUUGUAUGUCAGGAUGCGACAUCAGGCACUCCAGAUUGAGAGACCAGUGGGGAUCACCACAGGUAACCAAACAUUUCGACAUAUCCACAACCGCAAGAAGCGACCAAGAGAUAACUAUAGAUAUUUUGGACAGACACAGAAAACGAGUCGCUUGGACAGAGACACAGGAGCCAGUAAUGUGCGUUACACUGUAGAAAGUCGAGUAGACAUCACCAUUGCUGGAGCUCCUGUCAAAAUUAUCAACGUUUUACUGGACUGUGAUCUUCAGGCCACACCCUGGUGUCUCAAGCCUGAGUACCACACAGUGUACAAAGCCAAGGGACUCAUUCCUUAGACUACUGCCUCCAACAUAGUGGACACUAAAAUAGGGUACAUUCUGCGUAACUAAGGGAUUUGUAUCUCUGAAUACAAAAGACUGUGCUUGAUGAAAGAGUAUGUGCUCAUGAGGAGAUGAAAGUUGUGGUUUGAUGUCACAUUGUAAGGUGCUAACUUAGACCAGCAUUACUAGCACACUGCAUUACCAGUCUCUUUGAACGCCAUUAUGCAGUGUGUACUUGGAACGCUAUCAUGCGGUGUGUACUGUUUAAACUACAUGUACAUGUAACUGAUAAAGUGUAAUACGCAAUUUCCAAGUUGCCUACUAGUUCUUUCCCUUUGUGGAACUCUUAUGCACAGUGAGACGCAAAACAUACUUUCUUCCACACGCGGUGGGUACAAAUGCUUAUCGCUGCCUUCAUAUAUUACCUAAUGGCCGAUUAUCAGACAUCAUGCAACCACCCAAACUGCUGUGACACACAAUUUUAGUGAGUUUAUGAUUAUUUGAUAAUAAAAUAGCUCAAAUAAAAAUCGAUAAUCACCAACUUUCUUUGAUUAAAGUAUCACUCGUGCAGACUUAGAGGAAAUAAAAAAUAAAUUCAUAUCUAAUUUAAUGGCCUAAUUCAAACAAUUAUUAUUCUUCAUAUGGUCAGUUUAAUGUAUAUCAACGGCUGAUAUAAGCAAAAUUUACGCUUUCAUAACUUUUAUCCUUACUUACAUAGCUAGUCUAUAACAUAUGUAUAUAUCUUGUACCCACCCAAGCGCUGAAGAGUUGAUAUCUCAGAACUUGCGUAUUACGGUGUACUCCAGAUAUAUUGAAAUUCAGGUGACUAACUUGAAUUGUUCAUUAUAUCUUGUGUUCAAUACUGUAGAUGUAUUUAAUUUCGUUGGGAUGGAAAAUUUGUUGGUUUUGGAGUUGUUUGUGAUCACUUAAAAAUUACAUAUUAUGCAUACGAAGUAUAAAGAAUGUUGCUUAUCUGCAAUUCUAACUUGCUUAAACUGUUAAAUAAUGGUACGAUACCCACGCAUUUAUAAACCAUUUGUUCGAUGAAGCAUGCUGUUCUAAAGACAUCUAUUUACAAACAAAUCCUUGCUACACGUAGGUGAUCUGUGGAUAAGGUUGCUGUACUCGAGCCAUUAGAAUGUUGAAACCGUUUAUAUAUUGUAUUCCGUUCAUCAAUAAAAUUCGUUAAGAAAUCGGACAUACUGGUAAAUACAAGGCUUGUGUCCUCGCCCUGCAUAUCAGGAUAAGAAUAUUCAAUUUCUCCGACCUGCUGCAAAAUAUCCAUAUUCCAACAAUAUUUAACCCCCAAUCCCCAGCUGUAAGGAAGGAUGUCCUCCAUAUGACCGUACAGUUAUAUGUUGCGAAUUUUAAAAUAAAUUUAUGAUGUGGUAUGCAGCCCAGGUGUCAGAUCACCUGAAGAACUUCAAAAAGGGCGUGGAUACGGACAUAGUGCUGGUGGAUCUACAAGCGUCUUAGAAUUGGCAUCAAAUGCGACACACAGUUGGGUUUCGUCUCAGCAGCAUAUCAGACGCACUGUCUGCAUGAGCUGAGUAGAUCUACCUGCACUCUGUUGUGUUGAUAUCAAUACUUAUUAUCUGAAAAUGAGCUGUACUGUUUUGAUAGUAAUCAUUUUUAUUUUAACAUUUUAAACUUUUUUAUUUGCACCUGUGUGUUUCUGUAACGAGUUGAAAAUGGAGGUACAUCGAACAAUGGUGAUGAUUAUGAUACUGGCAAUAUAACUUAUCUGUAAAUAGACAACGAAUAACAGAGACCGAUAUUUCUGACAUCAAACAUUUCCUGAAAUUAAAAAUUCAUGUUGAAUUUAAUUUUGUUGUUUUCACCUAAACAAGACACAAAAAAUAGUGAAAUUUUAUCCAACACAAAAUUAAAUACAUCUACAGUAUAACCAAUGUUGAACCAUAUAAAUACUGCUAGUGGAGAUUUAUUUUACUUCAAUAUAACAGAUAGUUCAAUGUAAGUGACUUCAUUAUAAGUGGAGUAGGCUGUAGUGUCCAGAAAAGAAUAAAUGGUUAACCCCGAGAGUUUGGUGCUCUGGUUUAGGUCAAUUUGAUGAGUUUAGCUACCCAAGAAGUACAAUAUUCACCAAGCCAAGAGAGCGAGGUGAAUAGUUAGUGUACUUCAAGGGUAGCUAAAUCGUUAUAUUGACUGAGACGAUGUCAAUAAUUGUUUUCAUUAUAUGGUUAAAUAAUUUCAAACAAGGAACUGGCUACUAGAGUUUAUGAAAUAAUACCUGUUUGGCAAUCUUUGUGUUCAGCUAGAAUGCAAGUCCUAGUUGAAAAGAUAUUAGAGACUGGAAGUUUUCAUGGGACGAUCAAAACAAAGUAUCCAAUUUGGAAAUUCCCCAAUUUAUUUUUUGUCCAAUGUUGGAAAAAUCAAAUGUUAUAUUCACAUCAAAGGCAUGUGGAGGUGAAUAUAAUGUUCUUUUUUUUUUUUUUUUUUUUUUUUAUAGUUUGUUAGAUCUCAGCCAAUUAAAAAAUACAAAAUUAUUCCAUCAUACAAUAAUGGUGUGUGUCCUCUUUCUCACCUGUCCAAAUAACAGACACAAUAUUCACGGCAGGAAACAUGUCGCAUUGUAUCAACUGUAGUCCUGUAAAACUAAGCCAGGGUGUGGAAAAAGUACACCAAGAUUUAUAUUACAAAGGAUUCUAAGAGAAUGGGACUACUGACAUGGGAACUAAUGUAAAAUUUAAAAAUCUUAUGAACAAACCAAGAUUCUGGAUAACCACAUACUUAACGUUUUCAAACUUAUAGACCUCGGGGGGGGGGGGUAACUUCCUAUAUAUUGGUAGGUAGGGAUGAGCCGCUGGAAUAGGUGCUUAUUUUGUCUGCUGCAAUAUUUGAUUAGGUAACUAAUUUAUGACACUUCAUAUAUAUAUAGGCCAGUAUUUUAAUCUGUUUAUAUAAAUAGGUUUAUGAUCUCAAUAAUCUGCAAGCUGUGUGAAAUCAAUUAGUGUACAUCUUAACAGAUAAAAUUAUACUGGCUUCCUCAAUCCUAUUAAUCUGUCAUUUAAUAAUUAACAGCUCAACAUCUGUAUUCUAUCAAUACUUUGUGACUAUCACCCCCUACUGAUGGUUAAAUGAUAUUUGAAUAGCCUUAUAUUGCUCUUAAAAAAUAUGUGAAUAAGGUCGAUUUAUCAUCAGUAAUAUAUAAAUAGGUAAUAAAUUUCACUAUCUUCAAUAUAUGAAUAGGGGGGGUCCCAAAACUGUCAGCUGCUCACCCCUACCAAAAAAAACCCGAAGUUACCCCCCUCGAGUUAUAGACCCAGGGUCAUUUCAAAAUCAUCACGGUGCAAGGAUGUGGCAUCCAUACUAAUAGAUGCAGCAUCCCAUUCUAAAUAUGUAGGAGUUUGGUACCAUUCUUUCCAGGACAAUUCCGGCUUAGGGACCAUGAAUCUUGAAAUGAGCUAACUUUGAUGUUAAUCUGACUUUUCUCUGUAUUUUCAUUAUAAAAAUGAGACAAAUGUUGGCCCUGGAACCAGUUUUAUUCAUGUAUUACCAUGUUAACUGUAAAUCGAAUAUUGUAUGACACAUGGGCCAAAUAUUGAACUGGUUUACAGGUGCUCUUUUUCAUAAGGGACUGUGCAAUAUCUUGCCGGACUAUAUUUAGUUCAAAUAUGUAUUUUAUAUGCCUGUCAUAAGAUGACACUUAAUGAUAACAGUGAUAUUUUUAUAAGUUGCUAGAACUUGUAACUAUUUAUAAAAUAUGUUCAAAUCAAAAAGUUAUAUUUAAGGUAAGACAUUGUCAGAUGAUUCAAAGCACUUUUCUUUGCAAGUAUAAUUAUUUUUUCACCAGCUUCAUUUUUUUGUACAGUUGGUGCACUUGGUGAUAUCUAUUUUGUUACUGAUAAUUUGGUUUGCGAUAUUGCAUUCUGUAUGGAUAUUUUUUGAUACAUGUACUUAUCUAUAAUAUUAGAAUUCUAGAUAUUAUGUGAAGAGGUUCUCCCAGAACUAGAUAGUACAAUUAAAAUUGUCCAAUCUGACAGACAUAAUGAACAUGCAUGUACUCCAUUUCACUGUAUUUUCUUUUUAUUACACUUUGCAAUCCCACAUCUUGUCUAAUCUGUCACUAACUUUGUCCCACAAUAUGUCAGAUUAGACAGGUUUCACUGUAUCUGUACACAUAUUAUACUAUUUAAUUUAGGACAUUUGCAUCAUGUAUAAAAUCUAGCAAUAAAUAUAUAUAUAUACAUGA